AUGAAUAUGAGACAUUCAACUGGAACUUAUGCGGAACAAGUACUUUCUUACACAGUCAUGGCACAACAGGGCACAGGAAGUCGAGGAGACCGAGAAGUUGAAAUACAGUUUACGAGUAUGCAGGUAGUCAUGCUCUACGAACCAUUUCAAUAAUUUUUAUUCUUUUAAACUUUGUUUGCAGUUAAUUGGAAAUGGCUCAUUCGGAACCGUUUACAAAGCAGUUCUUAUAGAAAACAAUGAACAGAUUGCGAUCAAGAAAGUCCAUGUUGAUGAACGCUAUAAAGUAAUUUUCCACGAAUUUUUCAUAACGUAUUAAUCUUUCUAUGAAUUUUUCAUAAUUUAUAUUCAGAAUCGUGAACUUGUAAUAAUGCGUGAAAUAGACCACCCUAAUAUAGUUAGACUGUUGUAUUUUUACAAAACUCACCAGGUUUGUCAACAAAAUAAUUAUUUUGAAUUUGUUGAUUACAGACUUGCAACGGGCCGGGCUUUAAAAAAAAAUUCUAAAAGGCUCGGCCCGUCGGGCCCGUUCAGCCAGAAAUGUUAUUAAAAAUUUAAAGUUUUCAUUUAGUAAAAUUAGAAAAAAGCCAGGGAAAACAAGUAAAGCCAUCUUUAUCACUGGAAAACUUCUCCUCGCGCUUCUUUCAUCCAAAAUUCCGGAAAAAUCGCGGAAAAAUCGCUAAACAAGGAGAAAAGGCGUAUUUCCGGAGUGUCGUUGAAACUUGAACGCAUCGAAAUGCUGACGUAAUACGCGAAAAAUGUUUAAAAGUUUAAAAAAAAUUACGCAUUUUUUGUGACUUUCCGAGCGGGCCGACUCGGCCCUUAUUUUGCAAGUCUGGUUGAUUAUGUUACAGAUAGAAAAUUCGCUAAAUUUGAUUAUGGAGUUUAUGCCAACCGAUUUGAAAGUGCUACACCGUCAGUAUGUGCAUAACAACCAACAAAUGCCAGCAUUUCAAAUCAAAAUGUUCAUGUUUCAACUUCUUCGAGGAAUUGGAUUUUUACAUUUGCACAAUAUUGUUCAUCGUGAUAUCAAACCAAAAAAUUUGCUUGUCGAUGAAAAUAACGGAAAAUUGAAAAUUUGUGACUUUGGUUCUGCAAAGCGUUUAACUCACAAUGAACCUAACAUUACCUACAUUUGUUCACGGUACUACCGCGCUCCUGAAUUAAUUUUCGGUUCAAGAUAUUAUGGAACAGCCAUUGGUUAGUUUUAGAUGUGAACAAACUGUAGUUUCUUUUUCAGAUACGUGGUCUUGUGGGGCAGUGCUCGGUGAGCUGUUUCAUAAUGGAGCAAUUUUUUCAGCUGAUUCUUCACUUGAUGUACUAGUGCUUCAAAUUAAGGUUACUUAAUGUUUUAUUUCAUUCAAAGAAAUCAACUUUCAGGCAUUUGGCACUCCAACACAAGAAAACAUAACUAAAUGGAAUUAUCAAAACUUGAAUAUUCCCAUUGACACUGUUCAUGGAGAAGGGAUACAAAAGGUAAUCAAAAUGUAACUAGUUAUAUUCAAUAAGGAUGGUUUUUUUAGUUCAUAAGUAAAAAGUUGUCACUAUCAACACUGGAACUGUUGAACAAUUUGCUGAAAAUGGAUCCAAAACACCGAAUUGCACCGUAUAAAGCAUUAGCGUUACCGUUUUUUGAUGAACUACGCAAUUCAGCUUCUGA